UAGGACAAACAGGAACAAGUAGCAAGCUAGGAUAGCUAACAUUACUGUUAGCUAGUUCAAACGAAAGUCUGAUAAAACGGGAUCUCACAACCCAAAUGUACUAACUACAACAGCUCAAAUUAUAUAUUUGCAGUUGCAAGACAGGCAUGUUCCGCUUACACGUACAUCUCGGAUAUUAGCUGAAUUGACAGAGACAAGAAAGUGGUCUGUGUGAGGCUCGAGACAUUUAUCUCUAGGUAGGUGGCCAUUUUGACACCGUUGAUUUCGUCUGCUGCUAGCUCCAUUUAUCAUCCAUGGCCGUUGACAGUUACACUUUUCGAUGUUCAUGUGUCAUCACGUCAAUGUUGAUCUGCUGCUGAAGAAGUAAUUUGAAGAGACGGCUGAGAAGUAAAGAAGAACACUUAGUUUUGUUUUGUUCAAUGCCAAUCCUUACAACAACUUCAGCAACAAUCUCUUCUGCCGGAUGCUACAGCAAAGUCAGGAUUGUACAAUCUAGUAAAAGGCAGACAGUUGUUAGAUAUCUUUUGAAAAUUAUAUGAGUGACCUUUUAAGGAGAGUUGCCUCUGUAUGACUCGAGUAUAAUUUUAUAGCUAAGAAGUGAGUCAGUUUACAUGAGUAUUUGCUUUGAAUGAAAGGUGUAUCUGACCAACAACAACAGCCUAGGUUUGUCGUGUCUGAGGGUAAGAUAAAUGCAAAAAGGUGCACAGAACCAAAUCUCCAGUACGUUCUCUAGCAAUACAACCUCUACAAUAGUGAGUUAAUGAGAAUGUCAGGCUCCUUCUCACACCCCUUCUCAGAAGAGUCAGGAUUUAGGGUGUGUUGAUUGAUACUACUAACAAACACAAUGUUAGUCACAUCAUAGCGAUAGGCCCCCUUGGGUUUUGUUAUGUGACUAAACCGUGACCCCCCCCCUCCCCGUUUCUCCUUGUCGUAGCCCUCCGGUUGUGUGGAUGAGGUGAACACGGGCUUUUCGCUGUUUUCCCCUUGAAGCGGCACUGUGAGGUAGAUUCCCCCCCCCAUUUUUUUUCAGAGAGUGUCCACAUCUGGAGAUAGGAUGAGUUGGUGAGGAGGAAUCAGUGUCAGGGCUGGCACAAAGUGCUGCUUCCAUAAACCUUUUGAGAACAUAGAACAGUUGAGUUGACUUUCCUCACUGACUCACACAGACAGGCCUAGAUCAAACAACCAAACAGAUCCCUACUACAUAUGCUUGCUUUUCAUUCAUGUCUGUGUGACUGAUUCAAUCAAAUCAUCUCGACACCAGCCAAGACCGGCAGUACAGAUAACUGCCAGUCUCCUUACCAAGCCCCUUCUCCACUCAUCGCCUCACCCUGGGAACUGGAGCUUCUCUCUGCCAAGGGCUCUGUCUCGCUCAGGCUGAAGAGUGGUCCUAUCUCCUGGUCUGCCUUAGCUUAACAGACACCAGGGCUGGGCCAGCUGUACCAAGAGGAACACAUACCACACUGACAGAGAGAAGGGCCACUGGACUACAGAGCUGACUACUCUGGAUCCUGGCCAUGAGGUUUGAUGCCACGCUCUACUGACGGGAGACACUGGACCUAAAUGGCGCAGCAUGACUUUGUUCCAGCCUGGCUUAACUUCUCCACGCCUCAGCCCGCCAAGUCUCUUGCAGCGUUUGAGGGGCACGGAGAGAAUCUUGCCCGCGGUGAUGCUCGGCCCGCUGUGAGCCGCCGCCGUCAUAACUCCUCUGACGGCUUCUUCAACAACAACCCUCUCAGAGCACCUGCAGGUGAUGGGUUGCACCAUCCCUCUCUCCUGCGGCAUGACUCUGUGGACUCAGGCGUGGCUAAGGGAGGGCAGGGGGGCCUGGGCAGCGGUCUCUGGGGGCAGGAGGGACCCCACCAUGGGCGCCACACCAAGCGCCCUGUGGGGGACAGGGAGCGACCAGGGCCCCACCGUCAGCGCAACGGGACCUUCCACCCCCGGAAAGGAGGCUUCCUGCCAGUUGAGGGAGGCCAUGAGGACAAGCUGAAGUUUGUGGAGGAGGAUUUUCCCUCACUCAAUCAAUCAGAGAGCAGUGGGAAGCCGGUGGCCCAGCCUCAUGCUGUAGAGACUCCUGUAGGAGUUUGGGAGCACCCCCCUAGUGCCAAGCAGACCAUAACUAAGAUGUUGGUCAUCAAGAAGGUUUCUAAGGAAGACCCUAGCGCUGCUUUCUCUGCUGGUUUCGCCAACACAACGGUACCCCACCUAACCAACGUCACCAAAACCCCAAUCUCCUCAUCCAGUGUCUACAAGAACCUGGUGCCCAAGCCAGCUAUCACCCCAACCAAGGCUGGUCCCUGGAAGCCAAGCGGGAGAGAAACCAAAAGCAGUUUUAAUUUAUCCGGCUGGGACUCCGCCUUCACCAGCCCUGCUGCCUCUGUGAACAAACCUCUUACGCCUGUCACUCCCCCGACCUACGGCCCGAGCUACGGAACCCCCAAGGAGCCUCCCUCCAGCAUCACCCCUCCCAUCGACGUCACCCCUCCUCGUCUGAAGCUGAUGCGUCGCAGCACCGACCGGAAGAGUGAGUUCCUGCGAGGCCUGAAGGAUGAUAAGAACUGGGACGGGCCCACCUCUACCAGUCCAUUAGACCCUAAGGAGAACAGAGGAGACUUACAAGAGAAUGGGAUCCUUCACUCUCUCAGCGACUCAGACACAGAUCACCUUUCCAGCUCGUUGGAGGCAGAAUACAGGUUGCUCAAAGCUAUGGGCUGGCAGGAGUACCCAGAGAAUGAUGACGACUUUUUGCCCAUCACUGAUGCUGAGCUCCAAGAAUUUCAAGCUAAAACUGAGAAGCUGAAGAGGAACAGGCUGGGCCAGAACGGUGUUCUCCUGAAGCCUCUUCUCAAGGGUGCGCCCCUGCUGUCCUGGAGAAGCCCUGUAGAGCCUGAACUAGAAGAGGUCUCAGAGUCCGAGAGCACUAGCAGCAGCCAGACAGACGACGACGACGCCGACACCUAACAUGGCUUUACACCCCUCCUCUUCUUCUUCCUCACGUCACGCUCCCUCGCUCAUUGCACUCGCCUGUUUUACACUUCUUCCUCGUUCACAAGAGACUGGUCAUACAGACACUGGUGUGACAGAGAGGGGUCAGAGGUGAUGCCUGCCUGAGGGUCUUUCUUCUUGGUUUUCCUUCUGCUUUUUCUUUCCUUUCUUUUUUCUUUUUUUUGACCCCUUUGGUCUUUUCCUAGAAGCUAAAAUGAUUAUUGAAAGUAAAACACAUCAGCAUUUUUCUUUUGAUUUUGUGAUGGAAAAAUUUAACCCCAUGAUGUUGACAACAACCAAACCAAUAAUGAUUUUACUUGCAAAUGACUUCAUCGGUUGAUACUUUUUUUUGUUGAAAGAUGGCUUUGACACCUGCUCUUGCUGAAACAAUUUGUAGCUUUUGUGUUGAGAUGAAACAAUCAUUGUGAGCAGUUGAUAUUGACAUUGCUUCCAAUCCCCUAAAUAACCCUUCUGUAAGGAUUUAGGUUUGUUUUUUGUUUUGGUCCAUUUAAAGCUGACAAAUGGUAAUGUAUCUGUCUUAUUUGAACAGUGUAAGGCAUGAUUUUGCUCAUCAUUAUAUUUAUCCUAAGCGGUAGGAGAACAGUCAUUUACAGUUAUGGACCACCAUUACUUUUAUUGCAAUACUGAUUUAAUGUAGCCAGUAAGGGCAUAAAGAAUAAUAAAACAACGUUACGAAGUAAUGGAAAUGUCACUUUACCAAACUUAUUCUGGAGAAAAACUCAAUUAUUCCGUCGUAGCUGUUCAAGCUGAUUGUCUGUUCUUAGUUCACCAACUGCCAUAAUUUUCAGAUGUUCAAAAUUCCAAGUUCUGUGGUUGAUAAAGACUGUAAACUUACAACCCCCCCCCCCCCCCCAAAUACUCCUGCUUCUUGUAUUAAGAUACAACCUGAUUUUCUUUCUUACAUUAGGGACUGCUUUUGAAAAUUAUGCAUUUACCAGGUUUAGAAAUUGCAACAAUUUUCCUGGCUGGUAGAAUGUUCAGCUGGCUUUACCACAGAUUUAAGGCUCUUUGUUGUUGUUGUUUAUAAUUUGGUACAGCUGUCAAUCCCACAUAGAUAUUUCUCUUUUUUGCAUAUUGUUCUUGCAGCCUUGAUAUUCAGGGUGGAUUGUAAAAAAAUAUAAUACAAAUUGUGAGUUUUGAAAAAUGUAAGAUUAUUUUGAUAACAUUAUUUACAUAUUUUUAAAGAUAAGGUUUCCUGUAUGGGACUGUCUGUAUGAGAAAGAAACUACUGCAUCUUGGAAAAAUGUAAUUGUAAUAAAUAUUUUGCAUCGGUUUGCCAAA